CUGUUCCUCCUCCUCCCCUUUGGCUCAGUCGUCCAUGCACUGGACAAAGCCUUAUUGAUGGUAGCCCACAUACUGUAUCUGCUUACCAUGGAUCAGCACUCUGCACACACACACACACACACACACACAGAAAUCAUGACUUGAAAAUGGGAAGCACUGUUAUCUUCUGUGUUUGAUGAAAACUGGAAGCUAAAAGGAGACAUUCAGACACUCGUAACUUUAACAAAGAAGAUUUCUCUGUGUGUAAAAAGUGACAUUUUAUAUGGAUUGAUGGGGAUGGAGAUACAACACGAUCACCCAGCACUGAUGUACACCUGGACGCACGAGCUGCACUGACAGAGGUCUGCUGAGUGGAGACGACACAGUGGGUGGACAGACACAAGAGACGUGUCCACAUCCGUGAAGGUCCUCAGCGCGGCUGUCAGAAGAACCAUCUAGCCAAUCAGGAGAGGAGCGGGGUUGAGGCCGGCCAAUCGGAGGGGGAGAGAUGUCGGGGCAGGGCGGGCACACGGCCCUGGCUCUCGUGUCAUUACUGCUGCUACUGUGGCGCGAAGCAGCAACCAUCGAAGUCCCACAAGAUCCAAAGAUCCUGAAAGACCUGAAGCAGCCCCCCACUAUAAUCAAACAGUCAGUGAAGGACUACAUUGUUGACCCCAGAGACAACAUCAUCAUCGAGUGUGAAGCCAAGGGCAACCCGGUGCCAACGUUCUCAUGGAGAAGGAACGGGAAGUUUUUCAACAUCGGGAAGGAUCCCAGGGUGACGAUGCGAAAACGCUCGGGGACUCUGGAGAUCGGUUUCCGUAGCGGAGGGCGGCCGGAGGACUACGAGGGAGAGUACCAGUGUUUCGCCUCCAACGAGUUUGGAGUGGCUCUGUCCAACAAAAUCCUGCUCCAAGUCUCCAAGGCUCCUCUGUGGCCUAAAGAAGUGCUGGAACCAGUGGUGGUACCUGAAGGCUCCUCGCUGAUCCUCGCCUGCAACCCCCCACCAGGCCUGCCUCCUCCCUUAACCUUCUGGAUGAACAGCGCUAUGAUCCCCAUCCCUCAGGAUAAGAGGGUGUCCAUGGGUCUGAACGGGGACCUCUACUUCUCCAACGUUUUGGCCAAAGAUUCGCACACCGACUACAGCUGCAACGCCCGCUUCCCCUUCACACACACCAUCCAGCAGAAGAACCCCUUCAUACUCAAAGUCCAGAGCAGUGAGUCAUAUAAUGACACGUCUUACAAUGCCACUGACCCGUACGGUGGCCGUAAAGUAGCCGAGACCACGCCGACCUUCCUCUCACCUCUGGGGACAGAGAGCUCAAAGAUGGUGCUACGAGAUGAAGAACUGCUGCUGGAGUGCAUCGCCGCCGGACUGCCGACGCCCACCAUCAAGUGGUUCAAGAAGGGUGGGGACCUGCCGGCGCAGAAAGUGAAGUUUGAGAAGUUCAACAAGACCCUGAAAAUAAUCAACGUGUCGGAGGAGGACGCGGGGGAGUACGUCUGCAUGGCCAACAAUCAAUUAGGCAGCGUACGCCACUCCAUCUUUGUCCAAGUCAAAGCGGCUCCUUAUUGGCUGGACAAACCAACGAACCUGGUGCUGGCACCAGAUGAGAACGGGCGCCUGGUGUGUCGGGCGAACGGCAACCCCAAACCCAACAUCCAGUGGCUAAUCAAUGGCCAGCCAUUGGACAGCGCUCUCCCUAACCCCAGCAGACAGGUGCUGGGUGACACCAUCAUCUUUCGCUCGGUGCAGAUGGGAAGCGGCGCCGUCUAUCAGUGCAACGCGUCCAACCAGCACGGCUAUCUGCUGGCCAACGCCUUGGUCAGCGUCCUUGACAUGCCUCCGAGGAUGCUGGGACCUAAAAACCAACUGAUCAGGGUCAUCGAGAACAACCGCACCUUCCUGGACUGUCCUUUCUUUGGUUCUCCUCUGCCUGUCCUACGCUGGUUUAAGAAUGGGCAGGGCAGCGGGCUGGAUGGAGGUCAGUAUCGGGUUUACAUCAACGGCACCCUGGAGAUCAGGCGGGCCCGAGCAGAGGACGAGGGGACCUACACCUGUGUGGCCAACAACAUCCUGGGAAAGGCCGAUAACCAGGUCCGCCUGGAAGUCAAAGAAGCGACUCGUAUCGUUCGAGCGCCGGAGCACCAGGCAGUCAUCAGGGGAACCACGGCUCGCUUCGACUGCAAGGUGACGUCCGACCCCAGCCUCUCCGUCACCGUGACGUGGAUGAAGGACGACAAGCCUCUCCACAUGGGAUGGAGGUUGAAGAAAAACGAGGAUACGCUGACCAUCCCAAAUGUGAACGAGGGCGAUGAGGGGACGUACACCUGCACUGCUAAAUCUGAUAUAGACGAGGACUCGUCCUCAGCCCGCCUCACUGUGUUAGAGGAAGCCUCCCUCAACCCCUCAGUCUCUAGUGCCUUCCCUCCAGACCGUCCAGACCCUCCAACAGAUUUGGAUCUCUCAGAUCCAGCUGAACGCAGCGUUCGCCUCACCUGGAUCCCCGGAAACGACCACAGGAGUCCGGUCACACAGUUCCUGGUCCAGUUUGAGGAGGACCGCUGGGAGCCGGGCCGGUGGCAGAACUUGUCCUCUUACCCCGGAGACCUCAACUCUGUCAUCCUGCAGCUCUCCCCGUACGUCAACUAUCAGUUCAGAGUCAUCGCCAUCAACUCUGUGGGCCUGAGCGAGCCCAGCCGCCCCUCGCCUCGAUACCAGACCAGCGGAGCGGCCCCCGAUGCCAUCCCCAGAGGUCUGCAGGGGUGGGGCUCCAAGAAGGACAACAUGGAGAUAACAUGGGAGCCUCUGCUUGACCUGGAGAGGAACGGUCCAAACCUUUACUACAACGUGUGGUGGAGACGGAAGGACGCCGGGGAGGAGUGGAGUAACGUGACCACGGUGGAGUCCAAAUAUGUCAUCCAAAACACAGAAACAUACGUGCCUUAUGAGAUCAAAAUCCAGAGCUGGAACGACCAUGGACCUGGACCCAUGUCCAACGGGGUCAUCGGAUUCUCUGGAGAGGACGAGCCCACCGACGCUCCCACUGACCUGCGAGUGUCGAAGGUGGACAGCACAAAGGGGAACGUCCACUGGAAGUCUGUGGACAUGAACUCCAUCAUGGGAGAGUUCAAGGAGUACAGACUGUAUUACUGGCGCGAGUCCAGUCUGGUUCCUGGUCUGGCGGUCAAUCAGGAGAAGAAGACCAAAGGUUUCUACACCACCGCCGCCGAGCCGUCCGCCAUCCUCAGCGACCUGGUGCCCUUCUCCCAGUACAAGAUGUUCAUGGUGGCGGCGAACAGUCGCUUCGAGAGUCCGCGCAGCAACACGGUGGCGUUCACCACCAAGGAGGGAGUGCCGGACGCUCCAAAGUUCUUCAGGAUAAACCGCAGAAGUUUUGACACCAUUCACCUGGAAUGGGACAAACCUCUGGAGCCCAACGGCAUCCUGAUUGGAUACCAGCUCAAGUACCGCACAGUUAACGGCUCCCGAGCGGGUCGUCCUCAGUUGGAGACGUUCUUUCCUAACGUGACAGAGUUCACCCUUCGCCUGCCGGACAGAUCCACCCGCUACCGGUUCUACCUGUCGGCGCUCACACAGGUGGGAGCUGGGGAGGUGUUCGCAGAGGAGUCGCCGCACUUCGCCAAUGAAGAAAACUUUACUGACACUACAGGGCUAGUCGAGCUUACCGACGCCUCCUUGGCUUCAGAGUUCACCCCUACUCCUCCUCCUCCCGCUCCACAUCCUCCUACUACCAUCGCUCCUACAACCAUUAGUACCUCGACUUCUACAACUACGACCACGACUACUCCUUCUACAACCACCACCACAACCCCCACCACCACUACAACCGAGGCAACCACGACCACCACAACUCCUGUGCUGGUCCCCACCAAGCGUAUAGAUCAAAAUGUGUUGGUGGCCCCUGGGCUGGACAUCUGGAAUCUGACGGUGGAGCCUGAAAUUAACGACGUUAACGUCAACUGGAGACACAGCUUCCCGGCCGGCAGCAGCGAGUUUGUGCUAGAGUUCACACUGGACAGCGACAAGUCGGUGAAAGUUGUACCGAUGAAACAACCGCCCCCCGUUUCAGUGGCGGAUCUGAUCAUGGGCGCCACGUACCAUCUGAGGGUUUACUCCCAUGAGUUCAACAGCGUCAGCAGCAAAACGAUCACCUUUAAGACCAAACCAGCCUACAUAGACCAGGUGGACAUCGCCACCCAGGGCUGGUUCAUUGGCUUGAUGUGUGCCAUCGCCCUCAUCAUUCUGAUCCUGCUCAUCGUCUGCUUCAUCAAGAGGAGUCGCGGAGGCAAAUACCCGGUGCGUGAGAAAAAAGAUCUCCCCUUGGACCAGGUAGAUCAGAAAGACCAGGAUGGAUCCUUUGAUUACCACAGCGACGAGGACAACAAACCUCUGCAGGGCAGCCAGACGUCGCUGGACGGCAACGUGAAGGAAAGCGACGACAGCCUGGUGGACUACGGCGAGGGCGGCGACGGCCAGUUCAACGAGGACGGCUCUUUCAUCGGCCAGUACACGGUGAAGAAGGACAAGGACGAGACGGAGGGCAACGAGAGCUCUGAGGCCACCUCGCCCGUCAACGCCAUCUACUCCUUGGCGUAGCGCUGUAGCAGCAACACGGGGGGGGGGGGGACUAGAUGACACCUGCUCCGACAAACCCUGACACCACACACCUGACACACACACACACACACACACAUGAAUAUAUUAAUAUAUGAAACACACUAACACAGAGUAGACGCAGCAGGACCUGUCUGGAGGCGGCGUGGGCUUUCCUCUGCUUAUAAAGACCCGGGAGGAAAACAGGAGCGGAGUUAGACCACAAGCCUUUAUUUUGAAGUUUCCAGCUCGAUGAGAACGGCCCGUUGGGAGGUGACGCUCGGACAAAGUGGACAGUACUGGUUUCCCCUCUGUGCUCUCUGCCUGCCCUUUACCCACACAGACUUGAAGUGUGCCUUCAGGGCAGCUUUCAGCACUCGGAGGCCUCAACAAGCGUCCUUUAGAGAUUUUUUUUCUUCGGUUCGUUUCUGCUCCAAAACAUCUUCAAACCGCUUCUGUGCGCUCCUUCCCCCUCGAAAAAAAACCCUCUGUGUAGCACCCCCCGUUAAGACGCCACACGAGGUCCCCCCCCCCCCCCGACACACACUCACACCCCGUCCUGUAACAUAUCAGCUUCUAAUCAUCAAACUCCACAGGAUGCCGGCAGAUAUGUUUAUCAUAUUGAUAUUUACGCAGUGAAAGAUUUCAGUUUUUUCCACAGCUGGUAGACGAGUCAUCGAGUGCUGUAUUCAGUCCUGGCACGCCUUUUAGUGCCAUGCAAAUCUAUGCACUAUCACCUCCUCAACACCAGUCUUUGGUUUUAAUCUGCUUUGUAAAAGUACACACUUUGGGUUUCUUUUUUUUUACCACUUGCAGGCUUAAUCACAUGCUUUUAAUCACUUUGCCUUGUACGAUGUUUUUCUUACCUCUAAUCCAAUGUUGUAGUGCAGAUGUUCAAAAAAAACCAGAAGGCUAUUUCUACCACGAGCAGCGAGCCCCCUUUUACAGUGUGUUAUAACGAAGCCCCAUUUAUCUAAAGAUGAUUAUUUUUUGGAGCAUGAUAGCAACUUAGUGCAAGAAAAACGGGAAGGCCGCAGAGAGGAAAUGUAGUUUUGUUUUGAGGAACGACAGCAGACUACGACUCGGUGGUUUCCUAGUUAGCAUGCAGGCUAAUGCUGCAUUCAUGUCAAAUGGGAACAACUACAGCGGGCUUCCUUCAGGAGCUGUCGGCUUUUAGAGGUUUCGUUACACGCAUGAACUAGUGAGCAAUACUUCUUAAAGUGUGUUUUUAUACCAAAUCAAGCAUUGCAUUGUCAAUCCACAACAACAACAAAAAUCACUAACGACGGGAGAAAGAGAUUUAAAAAACGUGUCAAGAUUCAUGCAAGAGUAUUCUCUGGAUCCAACCACAAAGUUCCCGAUCAGUCUUUAGGACACAUUUGAACAGAUUUAUAUUAGUUCCAAGCAGGAAACUUCUGAUAUGAUAUUUCCCAAAGGACAUGAAUGCAGCAUGAGAGGCUGGGAUCCUUUAGGUGUGUUUAGACUAAAAGGUUGCCCUGGAUUAUUAGAUUUUCCCUUCAUGACAUCACAAAGGGCAGUAGCCCCUCCCCCAGGUGGGUGACACUCCCACAGCUAGGUGUUUGUUCUGCCCUCUGAGUCUGCCUUCUCACCGUAAACAAUAGGACAUGGAGCGAGAAAGCACCCAAGCCCUUCCAGAGAGGGGGCGUGGUCAGACACAGCUCAUUUACAUACUUAAAGGUACAGACACAGAAACAGCCUGUUCUGAGCAGGGCUGAAAUAGAGGGGUUUAUAGACAUGAUCAAAUACAGGAUCAGAGUGGAUUUAGAACAAGGAACUUCACACACAUGUUUUGAGGAGCUCUGAGACUUAUUUAAACUGGUUGAAGAGGAGGAGAAUAUGUGACCUUUAAAGUGGAAAAACCUCAGACAAAUUGUCUAAGAGCUUGUGUGCAUUUGUUAGCCGUCAGGGAGCUAAUAACAUCAACUUCUACUGAGAGUUCUUUCUGUUCCUGUCCUUCAGAGGACAGUGGGUAGAGAAGAGAAUCAGGGAGAAAGAGAAGUGAAUGACAUGAGGUAAAGGUGCCACAGGUUGGACUUGAACUUGGGGUUGCACACUUGGAGGCCUAUAGUGUCCGUACAUGGGGUGCGACCUAACCGCUAGGCCCCUGGCGCCCCUAAUCAUGAUUUUCAAGUCUUUACAGUAUUUUAGUUCAUAUGCAAUGGGAACCACGUCUAACGCUCCUGAACUCUUUAGUCUGAACACACCUCAGCACAAAGACCUCCUCUUUCCUUCCCCUGUAGUUUUAAUGAAUUCAAUCAAUUUAAAAAAUAAAUAAAAGACCACAUAGAAACCUUGAAUUAAAGUUUGAGAAAAGAUUCACAGCAUGAAAAUAUAAACAUUGAAUUCACAGCCACCUUUGGAGAAAAAAAAAGCGUGUCAGCUUACCUUUUCGUUUUUUUAGCAGACGAAGAAAGAAAAAGAAAAAAAACAGUUUGAGUACCAGAACAAGAUGGUAGAAGUCACAUGUUGUCAUGACGUCGCUCUGUUUAGCAGACUGAUGGACUGUCGGUGAUGAUGCUUGAACGUCUUUAUUCAGUUUGAUACUUAACGUUCACCGAGUGCUCGAACUCAAACUGUUACCUAACGGCACUAUGAAACCCUGAAUCAACAUAGAUCUUUACUGCGGUCAGCAGCUGCAGCUCACAUUGUAUUUUACAUAUUUAUUUUAUAUUUCUAUUUAUGACAUAAUGUGGAUAGUAUUAAUAUAUUAGUCUUUAAUUUAAUUAUUGUUAUAAACACAUUUUUGAUCAUCGUCAAACAGCCAAAAUCAAAGAUGUGUCGUCAUGAGAAGCGUUCAACUCUUCAGUAUGUCCCACAUGUUUCCUGUAAACAAAACAACAACAACAUGUCAGCGUCCAGUGAAAGAUGAUCUGUGUAUCGUGCUGCUCUCCUCCUACUCAUGAUGUAUUAACGCUCAUCUGUGUUAUUCAGAUUUAUGUAACAUAACUCCUCCAGCACACAGGAACUUCAUAUCUGUACUUGUUAUUUAUUUGACUCAUGUUCUGUACGUGUAAGUCCUGAAACAAAAUCUCUUAUCCUUGUAAAUAUUUAAAGGUCGAUUCCCCCAGAGUAAAAAAAACUAAAAAAUGCUUUAUCCGGAAAUAAAAGGAAUUAAAAAAGUCACAAUUCUGUCUGGACGGUUCAGUCCGUCAGCUAGCUUUGACUAACAUUUGCACUCUGAAGAAGAAACAAGAAUCACCCCCUCACUCCGUGUCGCCCCUUUUCACUUUGACUUUUGUUGAAUAUGGUUCUGACUGUGGCGAGUCGAUCGGUCCCUCGUUUGAUGAUGGUUUGGAUUCUAUAUUGUGAGAGAGGAAUACGUUAGAUUGUCUAUGAUGUAAAUAAGAUGUAAGUGCUCCUGCAGUUGUAGCUACGUCGAACUCAAGCUGCUAUAGUAUAGGCCGAAGAAUCGAGCGUUUUCUGAGAUAUUUGAACAAAGCCCCCCCCUCCCCCUUUCAAGUGUCUACAUCUUUCUGAGACCACCGCAUACACUCCCAUAACUCUUCCCAUAAUGCCUUGCAGCUAACAGGCCUGCGAUGCUGGAGUAUAGCUCCUCCCAUUUCAGGAGAAUAAAGGUGGACGUGACAUCAUUUCAGACUAAAUUUAAGAAGCUGACAUCAACCUGACUUUUGGUUAGUCAGUUGCCUUCACUUUUUUAGAGGUCAUGUGACCAUAUUUAUAUUUCUGACAGGCUUGUUACAUCUUUAUCUUGCUUGACGCGUUGCUGCGAUAGCAUCUCGUCAGUCACACAGAUAUCCACUUCCUGCUUCACCAUCCAUUUAACUCUGAAAGAGGCAGUGCAAAUAUAUGCAUCUCUUAUUUAAAUCCUGUUUAAAGUUUCACACAGGAACUUCAAUUCAAGUUCAGAAGGGUCACAUGUAAGUGACCCUCCUUCCUAUGACCAUAUUUGGACAAAGGUCAGCUGCAGUUUUUGUCUCAAUUUGCAGGAACACUUGAAAUAGUGCUGACACUGCAAACCCUGAAGAAGGCCCCUGACAUGGGAGGUAGCAUAUACGCACAUCCAGAAAAUACGACCGCAUUCAAAUAAAUUCUGAUUCACAGAUUAUUCUCCAAUUUCCCAUCCUCUCUGUCCUCUAAUCCCCUCGUCUAAAAUCCUGCGUUCCCCUUCUCUCCUUCUGCAGAAACUCAAAGCAAUAUCCUGAGUUUGAAUCAGCUGGCUGUUUUGUUUCUCUGUCGUCAUUUGUUUCUCAGUAUGUUCACUCUUGCACCUAGCACAGAAACCUCAACAACAACAAAAAAACAGAAAAACGGUGCUGACAUAGAAGAAAACAGGAAGAAAAAAAAAUCAAAAACUGGAUUGGGAGCAAAAGUCUGAACUUUCUCACAGGACUCACUGGAAGUUUUUUUUUUCUCCUGGAUUUGGUCUGGAAACCUGCACCCUGCUCUUCCCACAUGGCCUUUCUCUUUCCCCUUCAAGUGGAUCACAGCAGGGGGGGGGGGGGGUAUUGUAAACUGGCUAUAUUACAAAGAAAAGAGAAUUAUGCAUACUUGCUGAAACUCAGUGCUUUUUCUUUCUUGUCCUUUUUGUUUUGUGCACGAUAAAUUGAAGGUGCACACGGAGCUGAGCGUCUCUUUUUACUGUCUGCGUCACCUCAGCUCACCUUUCAUGGAGGAACAAAAAAAAGAAACUGUCAGCUUCUCGUGUGUCUCAUUUUCAAAAUGCUGCAAUGUCUUAGAAUUUGACCGGUGCACAUACGAGAUUUGCGACUGGAUUUUGAAAAAAUGAUUGAUCACAUGCUGUUUGGCUUUUUGUAUGACUUCUCAUGUUAGCAUCUUCUUGUUUUUACCACGUGUAUCAGAGCAGCUCGUCAAAGUCUCGCUUCGACACGCAAAAAUAACAGCUUUUGUAAGGUACAUACUCAACAGAAAAUGGCAUAAAUAUAUUCACCAUGUAUGCGUGUAUGAUGAGAUGUUGCAACUUCUGCUAGCGACGCCUUCUUUAUAGUAAAGCUAUCUCCUUUUCUCUA